UUUUGCUCCACUGUCUUCGUUGAUGUCUUUUUUUUUGGUCCCUAAGAAUCUCACAGAUUCGCAGAAACAGCGCCAGUCUUUCAAUUUUACCUUUUCUUUCUUUGCGAAGUAAAAAAUCUCAGUAUGGAAGCAAUCGGUAGUUGAUCACGAGCAAGCAUUGAAAGGAGUUUCAGAGCAAAACGGUUAUGAUUACUCUGUUUUGGCUCAAUUUCUAUCCAGAGUGAAUAAUGAUUUCCCGCCAACAACAGAUUGUGUUUGUCUCCCUUAUCAUCGUAAUGUCCUUUGUGUAUCCUACUGGAGCCGAAAAUCCAAACCCCUGCAAAACCUCGUGCGGACCAAAUAAACCUGUACCGUAUCCAUUCGGCUUCUCGAGCUCUUGCGCGAUCCAAUUAUCCUGCAUCAAUGACUCCGACAUCCAGGUCAGCAGAUUCCGAGUCCAUAACAUAACCUCUAGCAGCAUCCUCGUCGAUCUUCCGGCGAAAUGUAACCGUACGAUAGACUUGAUCAGGCCGCUUUUCGGCAGCAACUACGCACUGACAUCAAGGAACAGCCUCCUCCUCCAGAACUGUACCUCCAAGCCGGAAGCCUGCUCAUCAAACUCCAGCUUAGACGUGGCCCAAUUCAAUUUACAGGGCUGCGAUGCCAAUAUAAGCUGCUUCGCUGAAGAAAGUAGACCGAACACCGAUAUGCUAAGCUACGAGAAUGUGAGUCGGAAAAACUGCACCUUCUUGUUCUCCUCCGCCGCGCUUGACGGGGAUUCGCUCCAGCUUCAGAGGGUUGAGCUGGGGUGGUGGCUCGGCGUCGAAAGUAAACGUACUUGCUCUAAGAAUUCAUAUUAUACGCCGGUUUCGACGCCCGACGGCAAGACAGGUUUCCGGUGCGGGUGUAAGGACGGGUUUAAAGGCGAUGGAUACCGCGACGGCGACGGUUGCAAGAAAGUUUCUAAUUGCAAUCUUACGAGGUACCUGUCUGGCCAUUGCGGAGGCAUGUCUGGAGUCCGUCUUCUCCUCGGAGGGAUUGUUGCUGGAGCUUCUAUAAUGGCUGCACUGUGUAUUACAUGUUACUUUGUUCGGCGCCGCUCCACUUGUUUGAAAAACGAAAUGAGUGCAAGACGCCUCCUAUGUGAAGCUGCUGGCAACUCCAGUGUACCUCUAUAUCCUUACAGAGAAAUAGAAAGAGCCACUAAUAACUUCUCCGAUGAACAAAGGCUCGGGACUGGGGCCUUUGGUACAGUUUACGCAGGAAAACUUCAAAAUGACGAGUGGGUCGCCAUAAAAAAGAUCAAAUAUAGAGACACCAACAGUAUUGACCAAGUCCUGAAUGAGAUCAAACUACUUUCCUCUGUGAGCCACCCGAAUUUGGUUCGCCUCUUAGGUUGCUGCAUAGAGGACGGCAAACAGAUCCUUGUCUAUGAAUUUAUGCCUAAUGGAACUCUAUCUGAGCAUUUACAAAGAGAAAGGGGUAAAGUACUCCCAUGGACUGUAAGGCUCACAAUUGCUGCUGAAACUGCUCACGCCAUAACAUAUCUCCACUCUGCCAUGAAUCCACCUAUUUAUCACAGAGACAUCAAAUCUAGCAAUAUAUUAUUGGAUCACAGCUUCAAAUCGAAGGUAGCUGAUUUUGGACUUUCUAGACUGGGCAUGACAGAAAUAUCACACAUCUCAACUGCCCCACAAGGGACUCCAGGCUACGUUGAUCCUCAAUACCAUCAGAACUUCCAUCUCACUGAUAAAAGUGACGUUUACAGUUUUGGAGUAGUUUUAAUAGAGAUAAUAACUGCAUUGAAAGUGGUUGAUUUUGCUCGACCUCCGAGUGAGGUGAAUUUAGCAGCACUUGCUAUUGAUAGAAUUGGGAGGGGUUGUGUGGAUGAGAUAAUAGACCCUUUCCUUGAGCCAAAUAGGGAUGCUUGGACACUUUAUUCUGUUCACAAGGUUGCUGAGCUUGCAUUCAGGUGCCUUGCUUUUCAUAGUGACACGAGGCCUUCUAUGAUGGAAGUGGCAGAAGAGCUAGAACAUAUCAGGCGCAGUGGGUGGGCAACAUCGGAAGAAAAUGCAUACAUGGCGUCUCCGGCGGUAUCCUCUUGUUCUUCACCACAUAAUGGAAGCGAGAAGUCAGUGGGUGGUGGUGGUAUGACAGUUGGGAAGGCAGGGUUAGGGAGCCAGAGAUCGGUUCUUCCAGAAAAAGUGGAAGAUUGUGCAGCUUCAAUGGAGGAGGUGAAGGAUAGCUCCCCUGUUUCUGUGUAUGAUCCUUGGUUAAGUCGAGAAAGCUCGCCUUCAGCAAACAGCUUGUUGGGUAAUGGAGCUCGGUGAUACGAAAUUAUCUUCUUUUGGGUUCUUACCUUUAUAUUGCCUGGUGAAUACUACACAAAUAUGUUAGAGCUCUCCCUUACGGGGGGCCUUACUGCUUAGACAUUAAUAUUAGUUUCACGGUCUUAUGAAAUCUCUGUCCAUUCCACUCA